AUCCAGAGGAGGGGUUUAGUAAAUGCUAAUAGCCCUGUCUGAGUCCAACAGGUAUGGGCAGGAAUCCCUGUGCUGCUAUUGGCUGAGCCCUGCAGGUAUUCACACAGCAGCAGUGGGUGUGGGAGAGAGACAACAGCAAGUUUGGUUUGUGCCUCCAUUUCUCACCCUGGGAACCUACAGACGUGAAACAGCCGAGAUGGGGACACAGGGCCACAGAUUAGUCACUUAUUUCCUAUGUGCAGUUCUCGCAACAGUCUCUGCCAUUACUGUAGACACACCAACCAAAAAAUUUGAAGCCGCUAGAGGGAAAAACGCAACAUUGCCCUGCACCUACCAAACCACUGCAGAUAAAACUGGCAGCAUUGCUGGCUGGAAAAAAUUUGAGACCCAGGAUGAGGUUAUCACCUACUAUUUAGGUUCUGAAACCUCCUAUGGAGACGCUUACAAUGGACGGGUGGCGUUUACUGGUGACCCGGGUGCUAAUAACGUUGGCAUCACCAUUACUCAGCUUAAUAUGCAGGACAACGGCACGUACCAGUGUGAAGUCAUCAUACCCAAAGAUCGCAAAGGAACCCCAAUUGCCAAAAUGGAUCUUAUUGUAUUAGUGGCCCCUACCAAACCCAUUUGUGGCAUUGAAGGGACCUCUGAAUUUGGGCAAGACAUCAAACUGAAAUGCAACUCAGUGGAGGGAUCUCCAGUCCCGGAUUAUCAAUGGACAAGUUACACCCCCCAGAAUACACAAAGGCAACUACCACUAACAUCAGUGAGGGACGGCAGUGAUCUGACGCUGAAGAACAUCUCGGCCGACACCUCUGGCUUCUAUAUCUGUGUGUCCAAGAACAAAGUCGGCGAAGAGUCCUGUAAUAUCACAGUAGCAGUGAUGCCCCCUUCAAUGAACAUUGGGCUCUACGCUGGAAUCAUCGGAGGAGGUGUAGCCGCGGUCAUAGUGAUUGGCAUCAUCGCCUACUGUUGCUGCUGCCGCGAUUCUGGAGAAAAAGAGGAUUAUGAGAUGGCCGACAGAGAAGAAGAGGAAGAAGUAGAGCCUCGACAACAGAACAGGCAGAAGAUGCAGAGAAAUCAGACGGAGGAAUAUUAUGAUGAUGAUGAUGACGAGGGCUACCAGGACAGCAAACGGGGCACAGGCCCUCCGGUGCCACCAGCGAACAGCAAACCUCGCAUAGUUACUGAUUCUGCUGAUGCUUAAUGCACAAAAGUAACAAAUCUGACCGGAGAUUUUAUUUUUAAAGUAUCAAAAACUUUCAAAAAUGAUUUUUUUUUUAGCUGUUAAGAUUUAUAUGCAUCAAAUGGAUUUUUUUUUUUGUAUUGUUUGUAAAUGUCACACAAAAGGGUUAAGUGAGCAGUGGAGACGCGGUUAAUGAAUCAGGCGGUGGUGUUGUAUUUGUUGGUGUUUAAUUAAUAUCCAGUUAUAGGGGGGGGGGUUAAUACUGAGGGACCCAGACCUACUCGUCUGGUUCCAGGUAGGAGCUAAAUCUAAACAAUCACAAGUCCUAACCCCGCGCGACCUUCCUUAAAUACAUCUCUGCGACUCCCACUGACCAGCUUUAUACCGUAUCCCUACGUUAGUCAUUCGGAAUUUUCUUUGCAUUGUUAGUUUCUCCGUAUAUUUGUUGAAUAUUUACUGUAAAAAGUGUAUACAAUGGAACUUUUGGUUUAAAGGAUUUUUUUUUUUUUGGGGGGGAGGAAGAAAUGGAAAAGUAAAGUUUAUAUCCAAAUA